AUGGAGCCGGGCGCGGGUCCGGCGCUGCGCCGCCCGCUGCUGCUGCUGUGGCCGCCGCUGCUGCUGCUGGUGCUGGUGGGCUCGCGGCCGCCCCCCCGCCUCUCGCGCCCCUUCCCCGAGGUGGACCGGAUGGUGCAGCGCUUCUCCCGCCAGACGGCUUCCAACUACAGUGUGUUCCUGGUGGACCCCCCUUCCCGAGCCCUCUAUGUGGGAGCCAAGGACGCCAUCUUUGCCCUGCGCUUGGAUGGCAUCAGCCACGGAAGCAUGAUGGUCCCUUGGGGUGUGCCUCCGAAUCCUCGGAAUUCCUGCAAGAUGAAAGGCAAGAAGGAGGCUGAAUGCCACAACUUUGUCCGGAUCUUGGAGUUUGCCAACAAAACGCACCUCUUUGUCUGCGGGACUUUUGCCUUCGACCCACAGUGCGGUUUCAUUAAAGUGAGCGAUUUCCGCAGUGUGGAGAGCCUGGAGAGUGGCAGAGGGAAAUGCCCUUUUGAGCCCCUGCAGCCAUCCGCGGCCGUCAUGGCGGAUGGCGCCCUGUAUGCAGCCACAGUCAACAACUUCCUGGGGACUGAGCCCAUCAUCUCCAGAGCCACAGGAAACCCCGCAGAGUUGAUCCGGACAGACACUUCCGUGGCAUGGCUGAACGAUCCUGAGUUUGUGGCCUCGGCUUUCAUACGGGAGAGCAAGAACGGUGAAGAUGAUAAGAUCUACUUCUUCUUCACGGAGACAGCUCGGGAGUACGACUUCUAUGAGAAAGUCAAGGUGGCUCGCGUGGCCAGAGUCUGCAAGGGGGACUUGGGAGGCCAGAAGACCCUGCAGAAGAAGUGGACCACCUUCUUGAAGACUCGGUUGGUGUGCUCGGAUCCAGAGACCGGAACCGUCUUCAACAUCCUCAAAGACAUGGUCACUCUGCCCUCCGCCAACUGGACGGGCACCACCUUCUAUGGAGUCUUUGUAGCCCAACGGCAUGAGGGAACAGGCUCUGCCAUUUGUGCCUAUAGCAUGGAGACGAUCCGCAGCGCCAUGGACGGGCAAUUCAAAGAGUUCAAGCGGGAUUGCGAUACAAGGACACAGGAUGAAGUCCCUUUCCCGCGGCCAGGGGCAUGCAUCACCAGCAGCACGAAGCUGGCUGGCUUCAGGUCCUCGCUGGCCCUCCCGGACCGCGUCCUGACGUUUGUCCGUGACCAUCCGCUCAUGGAGCAGCCGGCCUCCCCUCUGCAGAACAGGCCCAUGUUAGUGAAGCUGGACACACGCUACCGCCGGCUGGCAGUUCACCGAGUCAGAGCGCUCUCUGGGCAGGAGCAUGAAGUUCUGUACCUGGGGACAGAGGAUGGACACUUGCACAAGGCUGUGAAGAUUGGCCCUGAAGCUUCCCUUGUCGAGGACUGGACACUGUUCACGGAGCAUCAGCCGGUUCAGAACCUGCUCGUCCAUCAAGACUGGCUGUAUGUGGCCUCUGACAGUGAAGUUACCCAGAUCAGCACCUCUAACUGUGCCAAGUACCAGACCUGCCCAGACUGUGUUUUGGCCAGAGACCCUGCAUGUGCCUGGAGCAAGGAGUUGGGGGCAUGCAGAGACCACCACGGGCACGCGGGGCUGCUCCAGGACCUCACAGCGGUGAAUGUGCUGUUGCUGUGUUCUCCAGAGAAGGAAGAGGCGCUGCCCAUUGUUGAAGUGCCAGCACCACUGACUGCCCGCCUGGUCCUGCCCUGCAGCCCUCGCUCCGCCUGGGCCAGCUGUGAGUGGCAGAAACCCUCCCCGGAUGCUGCCCUCUACGUCUUGCGUGGCGAUGGGCUGGAGCUGACUGUGACAGAGGCCACGCUGGGGGAGUACGCAUGCUGGUGCGCAGAGGCCGGCGUGAACAGGCUGGUGGCCGCCUACAGCCUGGUGAGCACGGACCGGACCGGCCCCAGUGCCUCCCGGUCAGGUGAGCGCAGCUACGGCGUCCUGGUGGGCGUGUUCUGCUUCAUCCUGGGCGUGCUUGUCAGCAGCGGCUGCCUCCUCCUACAUGAACGGCGGAGGCGGGAGCGCCUGCAGCGGGAGCUGAUCUGCCGGGAGCGCAAUGGGCUGGACCUGAUGCAGUCGACCACCACCAGCUGCAGCCACGAGCCACAGACCCCAAGCUCCCCAGAAGACGAGCGCCACCCGCUGGCCACAGCCAAGAAGAACGGCAGCCUCAAUGGCUACCCACACCUCUACAUCAACGAGCUGGACACGGAGCAGGCCCGCAUCUACUUGACGGGGGUGCCCCUAGCCAAAUGUGACGAGACCUCCAUCUAGAAAGGC